CAGCAGCGCCCAGAGUGCAGAGGGGAGCGCGCCGAGUCCUGAGCGGGUCUCGCCGGCUUGGAGCUCCCGGGCCCCGCCCCCACGGCGCCAGGCCCCGCCCCCGAACGCCGGGCCCCGCCCCGCGGUGCCAGGCCCCGCCCACCUUCCGCCGGGCCCCGCCCACCUCCCGCAGCGCCCGGGCCAUGGGGACGCCGAGCCGCCCCAAGGAAGGGACUCCGCCGCCGCCGGUCCCAGAACACGAUGUGAAGAUUCAACCGCAGGGCGUACCCCAGCCCCGGGAGCACCCCAAGGGCCCCCGCCAGCUGGAGGCUCCCGAGGUCCUGGCGGAGCUGCCGAGCGGCCGAGGAGCUGAGCAGCAGGCGGAAGAAGAGGAAGAAGUGGGAGAAGGCAGCAGCACCGAGAGCAGCCGGGACGCGGGGGAGGCCCCACCUCCUGAACAGAUCCCAGCCAUGCCCCCCACACCCACCCAGGCUAAGGAAGGGGUGCGAGGGGUGGCGCAGCGGCUUCGAGGGCAGCAGCUGGAGGCCCUGACUCGAGUGGCCCUGAUGGAGCAGCGAGUGAAGGAGCUGCAGCGCCAGAGGAAGGAGCUGCGGAUCGAGAUGGAGGUGGAGGUGGCCCUGCUGCGGGGUGAGCUGGCCGGGGAGCGCGUGGCCGCCAGGCGGGAGGAGGAGCAGCUCCGGGCGCUGCUGGAGCAGCAGGUGGACACGGAGCAGGGCAGCCGGGAGCAGCGGGAACAGGAGCAGAGGCGGCUGAGCCAGGAGAGGGAGCGCGUGGAGGGUCUUCGUCAGAGACUUCGGGAAGCCCAGGGGCGGCUGGACUCACAGCCAGAGGACCAGCGUGAGCGGCUUCUGCAGGGCGUGCAGGAGAUUCGGGAACAGCUGGAUGUGGCCCAGCGUGCCUACGAGGACCUGGAGUUCCAGCAGCUGGAGCGGGAGAGCCGGCGGGAGGAGGAGGAUCAUCGGGACAGCCCUGGCGUUGGGGGGCCGGACCCCAAGGUCCAGGAGCUUCAGGCCAGCGUGGCACAGCACAGGCGCCGGAUUCAGGUGUUGGAGGAGCAGCUGAAGUCGCUGGGCGAACAGAUGGCAGCUGAGAGCCGGGGGCUGAGCCAGAAGAAGGAGGAGGCCCUUCAGGCCCUGACACAAGAACGCAGCCGACUGCUCGAGCUGAAUUGCUUCCAGGGAAACCCCGAUGGAGACUUAUCUGAGCCCAGCCAGGCCCUCACUAAGCUCCUGUUCACGCAGAAGACAGACCGCCAGCUGCUGGUGCUCCAGGACCCUGCUGCGCACACGGCUGCCCCCGCCUCUUCCUGCCUCUUCUCCGUUCACAGCUCCUUGCAGGGCUCCAUCGGCCUCCAAAGGAAUGGAAGCCUGUCCCGGAAGAGGGGAGAGAGACUGAGCCAGAGGGGAUCCCCCCGCCCUCUGUCCCUCCAUUGUACUGGACCCCUGGAGGCCUCAGCCCUCACACCAGCAGCAGGAGACUCGGGGAGACACCCACUCUAUCAGCUGCUGACCUGCGGCUCUGGGAAUAGCUGUACCCAGGCGCUCUACCCAGACAUCGCCCGCAUGGAGCGGCUCCUGCAGCAGGCCGUGGCGGAGCGGGAGCGGCUGCUCAAGGCCAGGGAAGGAACAAGAAGGACCACAGAAGGUUCCUCAGGUCCCACUGUUCCUGCCAUCAUGGCCCCGCCCACGCUCCCACCCCGCCCUCCUGGCCCACGGGUCUUGGAUCUCCGGCAGCACCUGGAACGCUGGGGCCACAACCCCGAAAACUGCCCACAUGUCCAGGUGUCCGGGGGCUCCUGCCGCGGGGCCCUGGUGAAGAUGGGUGGCCGCAUCAAGACCUGGAGGAAGCGGUGGUUCUGCUUUGACCGCCAGGCCCGCCGUCUGGCCUACUACUCCGAUAAAGAAGAGUCCAAGCUCAAAGGCGUCAUCUACUUCCAGGCCAUCGAGGAAGUCUAUUAUGACCACCUACGCUGUGCUUUCAAGAGCCCCAACCCGCGCCUGACUUUCUGCGUCAAAACCUACGAACGCCUGUUCUACAUGGUGGCACCCAGCCCCGAGGCCAUGCGUAUUUGGAUGGACGUCAUCGUGACCGCGGCGGAUGAGAACCACGUCCCCUGAGCGGCACCACCCGCUUGGUGGGGGGGGGGACGGCCAGCGAGGCCCCGCCCACCCCGGAGCCUGGCCCCGCCCACCCCGGGAGCCUGGCCCCGCCCCUUUGGAACUCAGCUGGGAAUCCUGCAGGCGCUGCGCUCCGCUGGCCUGAGCCGCGCUGUUCUCUCUGGGCUGCAGGUGCCUUCCCCCUGGACGGGAAGCCAGCCCUGGGGCCCUGUCCCGGGCAGCAGGGAGAUUGCGGGGGCGGGAAGGAACUAUUUAUUGGCGCUCCUGUGAUACCGAAUUAAACAU